CAAUAACAGAUAAACAGAACAGACACGUCAUUUCAUUUACGCUUUGCGGUUGAAAAUUUAUGUGCGUGGUUUGUGAUAAUAAUUCGCUUUGUUUAGCUAAUUGGUUAAUUUAAAAGUAGAAAAAUGGUUCACACAAACACAAUGGAGGGAUCCUUAUUUGAACCAACCCUAUACAUUGUCAAAGGUAUGUGUAUUUUGGAUUACGAGGGCAACCGUGUGCUUGCCAAAUACUACGAUAAAAACGUGUUGCCCACCGCAAAGGAGCAGAAGGCGUUUGAAAAGAACCUUUUUAACAAGACACACAGAGCGAAUGCAGAAAUCAUAAUGCUGGAUGGUCUGACGUGCGUCUACAAGAGCAAUCUCAACUUAUUCUUCUAUGUUAUGGGCAGCUCUCACGAGAAUGAGCUAAUCCUGCAAUCAGUGCUGAACGCCCUCUACGAGUCAGUCAGCAUUCUACUGAGGAGGAAUGUAGACUUCAAGACGCUGAUCGACAACCUGGACGCUGUGAUGCUUGCCUUUGACGAGAUCUGCGACGGAGGAGUCAUCCUGGACUCUGAUCCGAUGUCGAUAGUGGGCCGCGCGGCUCUGAGGACUGAGGACGUUCCAUUGGGAGAACAGACUGUGGCGCAGGUAUUACAAUCGGCGAAGGAACAGCUGAAGUGGUCGUUACUCAAAUGAAACAUGUUCAAACGUUUAUAAUUAUACGUAUUUUAUUUACACUACAUUAUAUACAAAGGCAAAUUAGGUAUGUGUAUUAAUUUUAAUUUUUGAAUCUUAACAGAAAUUUAAGAUUCAUUCCUUCCAGAAGCGAAAUAAAACAUAGUAUGUGCUACUCCACAGCAGAUUGUAAAAAUCGAUCAAGGGAAAGGGUUGGAGAUCAUUCCCAUAGGCUAUGGGUUAGCAAUCUAUUACUAUUUAAUCUAAACUCCAUCAAUGAAUCCGCCAUACAACUAAUCGUGGCUUUCGAGUUUCGCAACUCUUCUGUGCGGCAGCUCUAUUUAUCUAUAAAAAAAAUAUAGUUGAGGACACAGAUAUAAGAACAUUACAUGUAAUGUUCUAAUCGUUGAGGAUCACUUUUGACUUUAAAAUUUUCUUCCUACGUAUAAACUUUUGUUUGUUAUUAUAAAAAACAUAAAUGUUAGUUAAUUUCUUCGAUGCAUUAUAAUUAUGUAUAAAAACGAAGCACUUCUAUGUAAUACAAUUGGAUUAUGCUAUUAUAUUAAAUAAAAUAUUGAUUACACACGAUAAAGAUCUUGUAAAAAUCAUUUAAUUAUAAUACGCGAAAGCGCCAAAUUAUAUCAAAA